UCAAAAACCAGUUCCUUAAGGCUUGGAAUUCUAGUUUCGAUGGCUUCUUCAUGUUUUCAAUUACUCUUUUCCGGUCUUCUUGUUUUGUUCAUUAGCUGCUUCAUCAAUACAACCCAUGCAGCUCAAAAUGCUACAGAUUUCAUAAACCAAAUGCUGGUAAGCCACAAUGCUGCUAGAGCAGUUGUAGGAGUACCACCACUCGUAUGGGAACCUUUGUUAGCAAGAUAUGCUAGGGUUUACUCGAAUCAAAGGCGUGGAGAUUGCGAAUUAAUUCAUUCACCCGGAGAAGGGUUCGGUGAGAAUUUGUUUUGGGGGCAAGGGCAUAAGUAUUGGAACGCAACAAUUGCUGUUGGUGAAUGGGUUGCUGAGAAACAGUGGUAUGAUUAUAAAUCUAAUACUUGUUUACCUGACAAAGUGUGCACACAUUAUACGCAAAUUGUAUGGAGAUCAACUAUCCGUGUUGGCUGCGCUCAGAUUGUCUGUGAUAGCGGUGAUACCUUCAUUACAUGCGAAUACUAUCCCCCGGGGAAUUAUAUCGGUUCAUGGCCUUAUUAGAGACGGAACAUUUUAUGCCAAACUAAGUCUGCUCCUAAAGUUUAUUUUGGAAACUCUUAUAACCCCUUCUUUCCAAAACUGAUAAUUUGAAUCUCAUCUCUUCUGCACCAAAAUCACGUCAGCUACAGUAUGCAUCUUGGUACACUGCCACCAUCAAGUUAGUGAAACUACAUGUCAUCAAGUUGGGCUAAAAUGUUCAGUUUUGAUUAAAAGGGAUUAGUUAGUUAUCAAAAUUACUCGAGGAAACGGAUUAUAUGGACAUGAAACCCUUGUCAAAUCCCCUUUGAAAAUUUGGCAACUCGAUUUCUUUGUGAAUUGUUUGUGAUGUUCUUUGUUGUUGUUUUAACUUUGUUUUGUUUCUUGCAAUAAUAAAUGUUUUACAAGAUAAUCAUGCGAAAAAAAUAAUUACACACCAAGAUCAGGUAAGGUUGCAUAAACUUGAUUUGGUGAAUAUAGUCGUUGUAAUUGGCUAGCUAAUUUAAUUGUUAGAUUUAUGGUGUACCGAAUCUUUGAGAUUCGAAUUUUCAUUCGUAUCUGUUUGAUGUUGUAAUGGCUGGUAAGCCAAGUACUAGUUUUCUGUUCAGCAGAAUUGCAACU